AAAAUCAUUUUCACUGCAGAAAAACAGAGAGCUAAUUUUUCUUUCCCCAUUUCUCUCCGUUGCUCUCGUGAAAACGAGGGAGAGCGACGGAAAAAAUCCCCCGACGCGCGGCGAUCCCGAUCUCUCCUCGUCUCGUCGCCAAACUCGUCUCGACGCGCGGCGAUCCCGAUCCUCGAUCCCGAUCCCGAUUUCUCUCCGCUGCUCUCUUCUCUCGAUCAAACCCUAGUUCAACGCCGACCUCUCCUCGUCAGCUUGAGAAUCCCGAUCUCCAAUCGAGCUCUCGUCAGCUUGAGCUCUUGGAUCUCUCUGUCAACAUGAAUCCAAAUUCAUUCGAGACCGUUCAUAUGGAUUCACAACUUGGAACUCAAUCAAGUUCAAAGAAAAAUAUUGUAUGGACAGAGAAGAUGGAUAUUUGCUUAACUGAAACAUUGAAAGAACAAGUGCACAAAGGGCAAAAGCCCGAUCGAAGUUUCUCAUAUCAUGCUUAUCAAGCAACAUGUGCAGAGUUAUAUGCUAAAUGUGGAAUAAAGGUUGAAGUGGAUCAUAUUAAAAACCGAUUGAAGACACUUAAAAGAGAUAUGGGCGCAUUUCAAGACAUGCAGAAUUCUUCUAGUGGAUUUGCAUUUAAUCGAGUGACAAGGAUGAUGGAUGCGGAGCCAAAAGUUUGGGAAGAUUACAUAAAGGCACAUCCCGGAGCAAAACAAUUUCGUUACAAACCUGUACCGUGUUUUGAACACUUGCAAAUCAUUUAUGGGAAAGACAGGGCUGUUGGUUUAGCUUCUGAAACUAUCAAAGAAAGACGUGUUCGCAUAGAAAAUGAAAGAGAUGAAUCAAGUUCUAUCAAUACAAAUCAAGAUGAUAGAGAAGCUGUUCAAGAGAAUGAUAUAGAAUGCAUCGGCCCUUCAAAAGGUAAAGAACAAGAUCCCAAAACCCGUUCUGCAACGGGAACAUCUUCAAAGGUGAUAUAUAAAAGAAAGCAUAGUGCCACUAGCAACUUGGGUGAAGAGCUUGAUGGGCUAAAAAGCGGAAUGGAGUCAAUUGCUUCUGCAAUUUGGAAGACCGGUCCUCGUUUUUACACAGAAGGAGAGAUAUUUGAGGAGCUUUCAAAAGUUGAAGGGCUCAAUGAGGACGAACAGCUUGUAGCCUACGACUAUCUUACCGAGGAUGCGGCUCGAGGAAGAAACUUUAUUGGGUUACCAAUUCAUCGGAGGAAAAGGUGGUUGGAGAUUAAGCUUGGAUGGGCAUCACACAAUCUUGGUAUCGGUACUAGGAGGACAUGCUCACCUUUAGUUUGUUGCCAUUAAUUCACCUGCAGACAUAUGUUGGUGUGUGAAUACAUGCAGUAGUUUGGGUUUAUACUGCACACAUAUGUUGGAGGAACUGAGAUAUAUCACUUAUGAUUCAAGAAAUGAGUUGUUUCCUACUUGUCUAGGCAUGGAUGCGAGAUUUUAAAUGUGCAUCUUAGGUUGUCAAAUGUGAUUAUUUGCUCGCGUGAUUGGUUGUAUGUUUAAGCUUUCCAUAGCUUGAUGAUUAGAUAGAUUGACUGUUAGUAGGUGGUAUCUGUAAUUGUUGAGUACCUUAUGAAAUUACUAAUAGAUAGGAACUUUUUGUUAUAACUUAUAUGCUCUGAUUAACUUCAUCUGUAAGUUCUUUCAUUUUAUUGUGAUGUCUGUGUGUCUUACUAUGUAUGUUUGCUUGCCUUUGCUUCUGGAGCUUAGACUAUCAACAAUGGUUUUGUUUUUCAACACCCUACUUUUUACUUUUUAACACUCCAC